AUUCACUCACCUAAAUCUCACCGCCAUGUCAACUUAACAAAUUAAGCUCCAAAACUUUAAAUGUCAACAACUUGAACUUCUCCCUCUACAGUACUUUGAAAAACUCUUUCUUUCUCUCUAUCUCUCUUCAAGAUUUUCUCUCUCUAAAAUCUCACUUUGCCGUGAUUAUCGACCCAUCUAGGCCGUGCGAUCAUGGGGCACUGUUACAGCAAGAAGGCUAAUUUAGUGGCGGUCAACGACGGCGGCACUGCCACCGUGGAAGACCCCAGAAGAACCCCGGCGAGUGCGCAAAUGACGCCGUUUCAGAGCCCUUACCCUGUUGGAAUAAACCCUUCUCCGGCGAGAACUCCGGGGAGGAGGAUCAUGAAAUGGCCCUUUCCGCCGCCGUCUCCGGCGAAACCUAUAAUGGCGGCGUUGAGGAGGAGGAGGAAGGAGAGUGGUGGGGUGACGCCGGAGAGGGUGGCCGAGGAGGGAGGUGAAGGGAGGAGGGAGAGGGAGGCGGAGAGGGAAAGAGAGAGGGGUUUAGACAAGAAUUUUGGGUAUUCCAAGAAUUUUGGGGCGAAGUAUGAGUUAGGGAAGGAAGUGGGGCGAGGGCAUUUUGGUCAUACUUGUUGGGCGAAGGGGAAAAAGGGAGAUGUUAAAGGUGUUGCUGUUGCUGUCAAGAUUAUUUCUAAAGCUAAGAUGACUUCAGCAGUUGCAAUCGAAGAUGUUCGUAGGGAGGUGAAAAUAUUGAAAGCAUUAUCUGGAAAUCAGCAUAUGCUCAAAUUUUAUGAUGCAUUUGAGGAUACUAACAACGUCUACUUAGUUAUGGAAUUAUGCGAAGGUGGUGAGCUAUUAGAUAGAAUUUUGCAAAGAGGUGGAAAAUACGCCGAGGAAGAUGCCAAGGAAAUUGUGGUGCAAAUUUUAUCAGCAGUUGCAUUUUGCCAUCUUCAGGGUGUUGUGCACCGUGAUUUAAAACCAGAGAAUUUUCUUUUUGCUACAAAGGAUGAUGAUGCGCGCUUAAAGGUUAUAGAUUUUGGUCUUUCUGAUUAUGUCAGGCCAGAUCAUAGGCUUAAUGAUGUAGUUGGGAGUGCUUACUAUGUUGCACCAGAAGUGCUGCAUAGAUCAUACAACACUGAAGCUGAUAUGUGGAGCAUCGGUGUCAUAACUUACAUCUUGUUAUGUGGAAGCAGACCUUUUUAUGCACGAACCGAAUCAGGAAUAUUCCGUUCAGUCUUAAGGGCCGAGCCUAAUUUUGAUGAUAUACCUUGGCCGAAUAUAUCGGCAGAGGGUAGAGAUUUUGUCAAAAGGCUAUUGAAUAAGGACCAUAGGAAAAGGAUGACCGCAGCACAAGCACUAGCUCAUCCAUGGUUACGAGAUGAAAACAGACCUCUUCCUUUAGAUAUAUUCCCCUUCAAGUUAGUGAGGUCAUAUAUUCGCUCUACUCCUCUUAAACGAGCUGCUCUAAAGGCUCUUUCAAAAGCUCUGACAGAUAAUGAUCUCUUUUACCUCGAAGCGCAAUUUAAACUCCUGGAGCCAAAAGAUGGAUGUAUCUCUUUCGAGAAUUUUAAAGCAGCUCUCGUGAGAAAUGCUACUGAUGCCAUGAAAGAAGCCAAAGUUGGCGAAAUUUUGACUAUGAUGGAAUCAUUUUCCUCGAAGAAGAUAGAUUUUGAGGAGUUCUGUGUUGCGGCAAUCAGUGUUUACCAGCUUGAGGCUCUUCAAGACUGGGAUAAAAUUGCUAGCACCGCGUUUCAGUAUUUUGAGCAGGAAGGUAACCGGAAGAUCUCAGUUGAGGACUUAGCAAGGGAAAUGAACUUGGGCCCCACGGCUUAUACAUUAGUCAAGGAUUGGAUACGAAGCUCGGAUGGAAACAUCAACUUCAUUGGUUACACCAAAUUCUUGCAUGGUGUUACAGUACGUAGCUCAAACGCAAGACGGCAAUAACUUUAGUCAGGGUAUGAAAUUCUUUCCAGAAUUUCUGUUGAUUUCUCUAAUACUGUGAACCGGAGUGACGGGGUUGUGGGACCCCUUGGCGGGGAGCGUUUGAGCUCCCCCAACCUCCAACCCCCCCUAAAAAUAUUCACCCCUGAUUUCGUAAAUUUUCAAUAUGGGGGGGAUGCAUAUAUAGUGACAAGUUUGGGAUAGAUGAAUCUGACUGUAAUCAUUCAGCUGCGUUUUCGCAGUCUGUAAAUUAGUCCGUGCAGAAUAGAAAAGAUUAGAAUCUGAUGCGUGAAGGCUUUCCAAGAAACUUAGAAUGUCUGAUAUGAGCUUUUGUAGCCUCAUUUGUAUGCUAGAAAAUAUUCUUUUUUUUACAGCAAAUAGAUGAUUGUAUUUGUAACGAGGAUGUCCUUUCAAUGUUACUGAUGUUUAUAUCAAGUAGGCCUGUGUCCUUUACUCUUAAGGGCCUUGGACAAACUUUUAGGGCAACAAUGUUAAGGAUUUUUUCUUGGACA